GUUUGUUUGAAUAGUUAUGUACACAUGGUGGCACAUUUGAUAGGCAACCGUGGUUGCUGAACAUGAGUGAAAACACCCUAAUCCGAACGAGGAAGUUUAUGUCUAAUCGCUUGCUAUGUCGCAAGCAGAUGGUCGUUGACAUUUUACACCCUGGACGUUGCGUCCUUUCAAGAAAUGAAAUUCGAGAAAAGCUUGCUAAGACCUAUAAAACUUCCCCAGAUGUCGUUUUUGCGUAUGGUUUUCGGACUCAAUUUGGAGGUGGCAAGUCAACAGGCUUUGCUCUGGUUUACGAUUCCCUGGAUCAUGCUAAGAAGUUCGAAAUGAAAUAUCGUCUUGCUAGGAAUAAACUAGUGACAAUUCCACCAAAAGGAAGAAAGUUGAAGAAGGAAAGAAAGAACAAGGCCAAGAAGAUUCGAGGAACUAAAGUAAAGAAAACGAAGAAGGACUCUUAAUUUUGUACAGUCCUAAGAAUAAAUGUAUGGUUUAACUUGGCUCAGAAGUUUCUUGUCAAUACAAUCAAUAUAAGCUAUUAAUCAUGAA